AAUGGAGUCAGAGAUUAGAUGUUUCCAACAUUGCAAAAGGGACAAGAACAUUCUGUGCCAGACCAUUCCUCUUGUUUGCCCAAUAUGUAGACAGGACACAUUGAAAACUGAGAUGAGAAUACCACCAUAUCUUAUAGACUCCCCAUUUAUCGACGCUAGUUUCACGCAGUGUUGUGUGGUGAUUAAACCAACCAUUGGGAGCUUUCUGAAGGAUUUUACAAACCAAUCAGAUCUUCACAUUGGAGUGACAAACUCAAGAGGUGUUGUGUAUGAAUAUGAUGAAAGGGGAGUAACUGUGGGUUGUCAGACUUGGUCUGAUUGUUUGAGAGUUACUGUUCUUGACAUAAAUUCGGAGAAUAGCGAUUUUGUGAAAAAGUGGGACCAAGACUUAGAUUUAGCAGCUCAGGAGUCUUUGUGGACUGCAGGAAAGUAUACCGAGACCUCUCAUAACUGCUAUGACUUUGUAAUGUCGUUUCUGAAUAGGCUGGGCUUACAAGCAACACAAAGAUGUCUGCAGGACAGACGCAGAUUCUGUGAGGAAAUGAUUGUACCAGUGACUGCUCGAGCAGGCAAAUUCAUUAGUUUGUACAGAGACAUAAAGCGAAAAGGCUGUGUUGUGCAGGAUGUGACAGUUUAAAGGAUAAAAUGUCAUGUGCAAAUGUGUGUAUAACCAUUGGUGCAAUGACUUAUUGAAUACAUAUACUACAAAAAUAGCAGGUAUUGUCACAUAAGAUGAAAUAAAUUAAAUAAAUGUGUAAAUUGAAGGUUUAUGUUGUAUGAAAGGACUGGUGUAUACUAUUCACAGUAUUUUACCUGUUCUUUCUAUUUUCAACCAUUGGAAAACUGGGAAUUCACAAUUUCAGUCAGUCAAAAUAACCAUCUCU